AAAGGUAAAUUCUGAAAAAAUGAUGACGUGAAACGAUGAAGUCUUGCUGUGUUGUCACCAUCUGUUUGCACAGGAACAAAGUGCUUCAAAGCAAACAUAAUGAAAUAAACAGACGUGUCAAGUUUCGUGUGCGCGAAACAGCAAGGCUACAUUGCACAAAGGCUCCAGACAGGAAGAUAUAUCCUGAUAACGUUUACGAAACGAGGCAAAUAGCGCUGUUAUUAUUUUCAUAAGGACUUAUUGUGAAGUUCGUGAUUCUUGAAGACUCUUGCGCAAUAUUUUACUUAAGUGCGCACUAGUUCUGGGUGUCCCUCUUCUGCGCGAGGAUGAAUGUGGGCACGGCGCACAGUGAGGUGAAUCCAAACACGCGAGUGAUGAACAGCAGGGGUAUAUGGCUGUCAUAUGUACUUGGUAUCGGCCUCCUACACAUCAUAUUGCUCAGCAUACCCAUCGUCAGCGUGCCUGUGGUCUGGACCCUCACCAACCUCAUCCACAACAUGUGCAUGUAUAUCUUCCUACACACGGUCAAAGGAACACCGUUUGAGACUCCAGACCAAGGCAAGGCCCGGCUUCUGACCCACUGGGAACAGAUGGACUACGGGGUCCAGUUCACCGCCUCUCGAAAGUUUCUCACCAUCACCCCUAUUAUACUGUAUUUCCUGACCAGUUUCUAUACAAAGUAUGACAGGGUCCACUUCAUCAUCAACACCAUUUCCCUGCUCACCGUGCUUGUCCCCAAACUUCCUCAGUUCCACGGGGUCCGUCUCUUCGGAAUUAAUAAGUACUGAUGCGGUUUUGAUCUUCAACACAGGAGGAUGUGUUGACACACAGGGCGCUUCAUAACGUACUCUGUGGAAAUAAAAAAAGGGAGAAAUAUAGGGCUUCUUUGGAUGCUCUGCUGCUUUGCGGUCAAACUGACUGAAUAAUCUGCUACGGCAUCACUUUUAUUGAUGUUUUUUUCUAUAACAUUUGUUAGAUAAAAACACAUUUCUAGAACCACCUGCAGAAUUCAGCAGAUGAGGGUCUCUGGAGAUGUUAGGACCUCCGUUCUACUUUGUUGAAACAGACAGCAUUACGUCAUGUGGUGGAGCUUUGUCACUUUGGCAGAAAUGCUGCGUUGAUGCAAUGAAUCUGAUGGGUCAAAAUGAUCUGUUUCAUCAUGUCUUCUUAACUGUUUUGCUGGCCUGACUCAGCAUGUCCCAAUGUUCAGCAUUGGGAAAAAAGAAGAAAGGUACUGAAAGAGUACAAGGAUAUUUUUAGCCCAGGUGCAAAAGACUAGCUUCAAUCCCAUACAUUGUCACCCUGUCCUUAGAAAACUUCUGCCAGCCCUUUAUUUCAAACCUUAAAACUUGUUGAAUUUUAAAUACAGUAUGAUUAGCAUAUUUUAAACAGAUGUUGGUUGCAGUGAUAUAUCUAGUGUGUAACUAGAGCCCUAAAACCUUUCUCUCUUUUAUAACAUGCACUUAAUAUUGAGUAAUAAAAUGACUUAGCUGGAUGCAUGGGAAAUAAAAACCUCUAAGAACUUUGGGUGGGGAGCACCAGUACAGGGAAUAUUGGAUUGGAUCCUUUUUUCGCCAAGAGAGAAACUGCAGUUGACCUUUGGGUCUGUACGUCACGUCCCAGUGAGUCAGGAUAACUUCAAUGUUAAUGCAGUUUACUAAAGUACAGAAUAUUUCUGUGAAGCAUCAACAUAAAAUAAUUGGAUGUUUAAGUGCUUAUCAUUGGUUAUUAGCAAUCACCAUGUUAUCAUUAUGCUGGUUCACAAAGGCAAAAUUCAGUGGCUACACUGAAACAGAAUUUUUUUAAUUGCAUUUUGAUUUACAAUUUAAGCAACCAUGAGUGCAAACCCAUCUACCACAGAUUUCUGCAUUUUUGCAAAGAACAGUAUGGACCAGUGGACUGAUGACACAGGCCCUGUGAUAUGCAUUUUGCAUGACAUCAUUUCUAAUAAUUCAUAAUUGUAUUUUUUGUAACAAAAAGUUGAACUGGGAUGAUGUAUGGUCUGUGACUAACCUCACAGGUGUAUUCCUGGUACUUACAGAGCAAGAUUCUGAAAAGGUUGCUUUGAAAAUGACAUUGCUUGCAUGUUUAGUAGCAAUUUGUUACAAGGGUGUCUCAGUCAUGCUCUCUGUGAAUAUUAUUUUAUUGCUGCCUCUCUUCUGUGUUCUGGAUUACAGUCAGAACAAUUGUGUUAACAGUAAUCCUGCAUGCAUGGAGCGACACCUUAUCUAGCAAAUCAGUUGACCUUGAAUCCCAUAUUUGUUCUUAUCACAGUUUGCUUUUGUUUGUACAUCAUAUUCUCUGUGUUAUACAUUUCAUGACAGAUGCUUGCUUAGUGUUGACAUUAUCAGUAUUUGCAAUAAAACUUACUAUUAUAACAAUGA